AUGCUGUCGAGCCUUCUUGGACUUCUUGUCCUGUUCUCCAUCGGUUCAGCCAUGCUGCUACCAAACACCACCAAAUACAUGCCCGAAGAGGAAGGCUCCACCGCUGAUCCAAACACUAUCCACUGGUCUGCUCCAAGCAAGGAGCCGUUGCCUGAGGGAAUGCCCUCAUGGUGGUCCAACACUCGCAGCAUGUCCCCAGUAAUGCCCCCCCCAGGACAGCCGUGGCCACCCAGCGAUAACAUGACUCAAGGCCCCGACAUGCCGCGGAUGUUGUUGCCCACCGGCCCGCAGCUGCCUCCGCUGCCCAACACAGCCAUUUGCGACAUGUUGUUGAACGCACCGGUACCUCCACCCAUCGACCAGAUCCCGUUCUUCUGCAUCUGUUCACACUGCAAAGGAACUGUGGGGCCCAAAGGAGACCAUGGAGACCGGGGCCCUCCAGGUCAACCUGGAAGCCCAGGAAGACAAGGGAUGACGGGAUUUAAAGGAAACCGAGGCUUCACAGGACCUCAGGGGAUAAAGGGUCAGAAGGGAGACAAUGGAGAGAAGGGAGAUACUGGUAUGGUUGGUUUAAUGGGGACAAAAGGCGAGCGUGGGUUUAAAGGGGACAAAGGAGACCAGGGAUCGAUGGGACCCCCAGGUCAACAGGGUCCUGCGGGAGAAACCGGUACGUGCCCUGCCUCCUGCGAGAGUGUCCCAGGUGCACCAGGACUUCAAGGGUCACCUGGAAUGGUUGGAGCCCGGGGCCUACCUGGGCUUCAGGGUUCUGUGGGACCCAAGGGUUUGAAGGGUGAUAAGGGUGAAUUAGGUAAACCUGGUGAGCCUGGUGUAAAUGGCAUAAAGGGUGACCAAGGUGAACAGGGAAUUUGCCAUUGCACAGAUGGAGCAAAUGGUGUUGAUGGGAGACCAGGAGAAAAGGGUGAUAAAGGGGAAAAAGGUAACUUUGGUUUACCGGGUACACAGGGACCAAUUGGGAUGAAAGGUGACCAGGGUAAUAUGGGUUUCAUGGGGCCACCUGGUCCCUGCACCCCAGCAAUACAGUCAGCAUUCUCUGCAUGUCUCAAUGAGUCAUUUCCACGUCAAAACUGGCCCAUAGCUUUUUCACACAUCCUUUCCAACCAGCAGGGACAUUUUGAUCCAUCAAUGGGGAUUUACACUGCCCCCGUCAAUGGUACUUAUGUCUUCUCCUUCCACCUGGCAACUUCCCAGAAACCUCUUAAAGUUGGCAUGUUCCUAAACUUCUAUCCUGUAGUAAGAAUAACGGAAAUUUCCAGCCAGGGUUCAACCAGCCAGACGAUUGUCCUCCACCUCAAUAUGAGAGACAGGGUAUGGCUGCAAGUGAAGGACACUGCAACAAAUGGCAUUUUUGUUGACAGUGAAAGCAGCAGCACGUUUUCCGGGUUCCUGCUGCACCCAGAUAACUGUGACAUACCCUUAGGCCGACAUCACAUGUUCAUGGAAACAUAUCCUAUGGAUGGCUUUGGGUGGGAUGGUCCUCUGCCUAGCACUCCUAUGCCAUGAAAUUAGCUGUAUUGAGUUGCACAUUUUUAGACAAAAGCAU